AGUAUUUAAAGGCCCAUUUUUAGUUGGGAAUAACUCUCGUAGUCUCAUGUUUUCAGGGAACUAAUUCUUAAAUAGACCACCCUAUACGAACUAUAUAAAUGAUGAACAUCACUGAUUUGCAUCUCUCAAAAAUUCCCACCUACUUCAGAAUCUCCAAAGUUGAGCCAGGCUCUACCUUCCUCCUCAAACUCCAUCCGCUCUCUGACAAACCUUCUUCCAUCCAUUUGGCAAGCAGCAGAGGACAACAUGCAGUGAUUAUAAGCAGGAGCGUCACAAUUAGUGAUUAUAAUCAAAGUACGCAUCAAGAAAUAGUUAUGACGAGAGAAAAUAGUGAUCAAGUUGUUGAGCUUGUUGGGAUUAGUGAGGAGAUGAUGACGAAAAAACCGGUGACGACGACUACUAGGGACGGUGGUUGGGAGUCAAGAUCGGCAGCGCCGAUAGUGGCGAUGGUUGUCGUUCAAGUGAUAUUCGCAGGGUCACAAAUUCUGACCAAAUUGGCCAUCAAUAAGGGAAUGCUAGUGUUUGCCAUUUUGACUUACCGUCAUCUCGUUGCUGCUCUUUGCAUCGCUCCAUUGGCUUUCCUCUUUGACGGGAAAGUUGACAAGAAUUUGGAUCCAAAGGUUUGUCUUUGGACAUUUUUUACAGCUCUAACUGGGAUAACAUUGGGGAUGGGAUUAUUCUAUUAUGGUCUCAAGGAUACAAGUGCAACUUAUGCUACCAACUUUAGCAAUUUAAUUCCUAUAGUAACCUUCUUCCUUUCUGUGGUUGUUCGAAUGGAGACUCUGAAAUUGAACAGUCGAUGGGGGCGAUUUAAAAUAGUAGGUGCAUUCCUAUGUGUUGGAGGGGCUCUGGUUAUUAGUCUAUAUAAGGGAAUAUCGUUGCCAUUCUUUCAUUUCAACUCUCAUCAUAAGGAGGUUACAACCAUUGUAAGCAAAACAAGUCAACAUUGGACACGUGGCACCAUUUUAUUGGUUUCUAGUUGUCUUGGUUAUGCCCUAUGGUUUAUUGCACAGGCCCGACUGCUAAAAGUACUCCCAUCAAAGAAUUUGGGAAAUUUUCUGACUUGCGUGACAGCAUCAAUACAAACAGCAAUUCUGGGGAUAUGUUUGGAUAGAAGUUGGAAUUCAUGGAGUUUAGGUUGGAAUGUGAAGCUAGUCAAUGUUCUUUUUUCGGGUGCAUUGGCUUCAGCGGCAUCAUUCUAUUUGAUUAUUUGGGCUGUUGAAAAGAAAGGACCAGCUUAUCCCUCCAUGUUUGAUCCUCUCUCUGUAGUGUUUGUGGCUAUUAUUGAAGCUAUAUUCUUUGGCGAGGAUUUCACAAUUGGAAUCUUGUUAGGAAUGAUACUCAUGAUUGCUGGAUUAUACAGUUACUUGUGGGGGAAAAGAGGCGAGUUAAGAAACAGGUCAACUAUCGAUGUUACAUUAUCAAAUGUUAACAAAGAAGUUGUCAGUUCUAUAACAAGCAUUGAUGUUUGAAAUGUUAUGAACCAUUUUUAGAUGAUUAUGUAAUGAUCAAUGCAUGGAAAGUUAAUUUUGCGUGUGCUAAAAACAACAAGAGAUAUUAUCUAAUUGCAAAAGUAUGUAUUGAUAAAAUAACAAACUAAAUAAAUGGACACAAAUCAAUGUACAAUAAAUGUUAAGGUCGAUUGCAACACAAUCACAAUUGUGACUGUCAUUAUGAUCGGUUAAAACUAAGAGUUAUGUAUAAAAAGUUUAACUUAUCUGGAAGAGCGGUCAAGAAUUUCAUAUAUAUUAAUUAAAUAUAUUAUACUAAACAUGUGCUAGGACAGAUAUUUCACAAUAUCUCUAAACCAAUCUUAAAUCAUGAAAGCAAACAACUAAUCAAAUCACAACCAAACAUAGGUAUGAUAUCACAAUGAGAUUUGAAAUUUUAUUUUAAGAAGUUAACUUGAUAGGAGAAGUAAUCCAAAAUAUUAAAUAUCAGUUUGUUAUUUUGUAUCAAGUAUUUUUUAGUCUUCUAAAAUAGGAAUUUUAUCAAUCCAGGACGUGAAAGCUAAGUUCACUAUCACUAAGGGACUCGAAAGAUAAAAUGUGUUGAUAUAGGACCCGAAUGAUUGAAAACUAUCAAUCUAAGACCUAAAAUAUCGUAGGUUUUGAUCUAUUUAAUUUUUAUUAAUUCCUUUGCUAUUUUUAUUGUUUUAUUCUUCACAAGACUUUAUUACUUUUAUGAGAUUAAAUGAUAUUUAGUUUUUUAAGAUAAAAAAUAAUAAAAUUCACGGAAUUAUAGGUCUUAUGUUGACAGUUUUCAACCAUGUGAACACUAUAUCGACACACUUUAUCUUUCAGGUCCCGAAUGAGUUUUUCCCCAUAAUAAUGCUAAUUAAAUAAAUAAAUCCUAAAAUACUGUUGGGUUAAAAAUAAUUCUCAAAAUACCGCUGGAGUUAACCGUGGUUAAGAAAAGCUGCCACUUCAAGUGGCGGCUCUUCUCUUACAAUACAAAAGCCGCCACUUGAAGUGGCGGCUCUUCUCUUACAGUACAAAAGCCGCCACUUGAAGUGGCGGCUCUUCUCUUACGGUACAAAAGCGGCCACUUGAAGUGGCGGCUCUUCUCUUACAGUACAAAAGUUGUCACUUCAAGUGGCGGCUCUUCUUUUACAGUACCCCAUCAGCUAAUUCAACCGGAAAAAAACACAAAAACUUGCUCAGUACUAUACAAUCAACUCAGAAACAUCAAGCAACUGCUAUUUAUAGUCAAUAUAGAGCACUAAAAAACAAAACAUAUCCGAGACACAAAAGGAGUCAAUGAAAUAUAUUGGAUCACAAUACCAGAAAUAUCACAUAAAGUUUAUAAUAAAUCCAAUGUUUCAAAAAACAAUUCGAUCAAGUAUUUAACACAAUAAUGUAAAGUACUGAGGUCGGGGGCAUGUGCGCUGAUUGCUUGUGCUAGGUACACAGAUUACUAGGAGUAUGGCCACAUCCUGGGACAUAUAUUUGGGGGUCCGCCUUGAGGAUGCCUUGGUUGAGAUAACAUUUUAUUGCUUUACCUGCUGAUGGCAUGGUCCACUCUAUAUUGACUAUAAAUAGUAGUCGUUUAAUGUUUCUGAGUUGAUUGUACAUUACUGAGCAAGUUUUUGUGUUUUUUUCUCCGGUUGAAUAAGCUGGUGUGGUAUUGCAAGAGAAGAUCCGUCACCCUAAGUGGCGGCUUUUGUAAUGCAAGAGAAGAGCCGCCACUUGAAGUGGCGGCUUUUAAUUUGUACUGUAAGUGAAGAGCAGGAAAUAGUGUUAGCUGCGUGGGUGUAGUCCGGGGAACAUGUGUUUGGGCCCAACUUCACAUAUUUUUGGAUGCACCAAGGUACUACUUAAAGCUCCUACUUUUGACUGCUGCUUCUGGGGAUAUUGGUAAUGGAGAAGCAAUUCAAGCAACCGAGAGCUCUCUAUGAUCCUUGGUGCGCUCUUGAAGACCAAGUCGAGGACAGUUUUGGUUGACAUCAUCAAUAAGAAUGGUUUGCAGAUGUUACACAACAUAUUGAAGCGAUAUAGGAGGGAAUUCAAUAAGACACCUAUUCUUCGAAAGCUGCUCAAGGUACUGGAAUAUCUGGCAUUGAGAGAGAUCCUUACAACCUGGAGUGGAGAGCUUUAGAGAGUCGAUCUUAGCAUUGACUGAGCACAUAGACAAACAGGUAAUCAGUUGCAUCUCAGGAGAUGCUGUUGCCAGCCCCAUUUAUUAUUUUGAAUUUUUAUCAAUUUGUAUGGAUUUUUUAUUUAUGAUGCUUGUUAUUUAUUUGAAAGCAAACCUCACAAAAGAUUAUUCAUGUGUUGAUUCAUUUUUAAUGUAUGCAAAAAGGGUGAUUUAAUUAUGAUACCUAUUAUUCUUGAUCAUUGAUUGCUGCAUUUUUAGUCACAAUAAUCAAUAAAGAAAAGGUUGUCAUGCACUC